AAUUUGAUACCAAAAAAAAGUAGUAAUAAACAUCAUGGCUAAGUUUGCUUCCAUCAUCACCCUUAUCUUCGCUGCACUUGUUCUCUUUGCAGCUUUAGAAGCACCAACAAUGGUGGAAGCACAAAGGUUGUGCGAGAAGCCAAGUGGGACAUGGUCAGGAGUUUGCGGAAACAGCAAUGCAUGCAAGAAUCAGUGCAUCAACCUUGAGGGAGCAAAACAUGGAUCUUGCAACUAUGUCUUCCCAGCUCACAAGUGUAUUUGUUACGUCCCAUGUUAAUCUGCCAAUGAUAAUAAAUAAGUCUGUGUCAC